AUGCAGGACGAGAACUUGAAAGUAUCCUAUAAACUCAUUCUCACCCCCGCUGAUAUCGGUUGGCCAAUACCUUGUCCCAAUGAUAGUCGAUGCAAGGAGUUCAGAGGCGAAGGCGAAGGCGCCGUUGUCGACGGGGAACUUGCGAUCCUGGACGGCCCCGGCCUCCCAACGGAGGAGGGUGUGAUCAGAGGGGUCGUAGACCGGGCCUUCCCAGCCAUUGGGGCCGAGGUUGUCCAUCGGCCAGACCCCGAUCCGUUGGACGUCCCAGAUGAUCACCAACAGUUCGGGCAAGAAGUUGAAGUCGUCAUCGAUCGAGAUGAUCGAAGAGAGAUGGUUCGAACCAUGGGCAAACUGACAAAUGCAAUGGGAGAGGAAAACCUCGAGAUCCGAUGUAAAUGGACCACCCCCAACCGACGAUGCAAUAUGGGAAAUAAUAUGCUCUGGAUGACCAGAGCAACCACUCCGUUCGAACUAAGUGUCAAUCCUGAUAAUGUGGUGUAA